CGAAAGUCGAACACGGAGAAGAUAAAGUAAUAAUGCAUCUCAGAAAGGAUAGGUUACGAAGCAAAACCUGCAAUGUUGCUUGCCAAAUAGACCUGGAUUCGAGUUUCAAGCCUUUAGAGACACUAAAAUCUCCUCUCAUUGUGAAAGAAAUGACGGAUAAGUGCAAAAGCCGAAUGAUCCAAGCAAGCGCGUUAGGCCUCGAACCAGAAGCCGAAGCAGGAGCCCCAGUAAACGUAGAAAACCCGAAAAACGACACUCAAGAAGUAGAUCUCCUGAAGAUAGACAAAAAAGGCGUAAAGACAGACAAGGGCGACACAGGUCUCGUUCUAGGCACAGAUCGAGGUCUAAAAAUAGAUCAUUGUCAAGAAAUAGAUCCAGAUCAAGGAACAGGUCCAGGUCCAGAAACAGGUCUAGGUCUAGAAAUAGAUCAAGAUCACCGAAUAACAGGAGGUAUAGAAAUUCUCGCUGUUCUACAUCGUCAACGACUUCAAGGUCUUCAAGUGGAGGAAACUCCAGAAGAUCUAAAUCUAUUGACAGGUCUUUAUCCAGGUCUCGUUCCAAAACUCGAUCAAGAUCACGAUCUAGAAAUAGGAAUUUUAGAAGACAAAGGAAAAGCAGAGUUACACCCUCGAGAUGGCUCUGCGAACAGAAUUACUGUUGCACGUGAAUGCCAGAAGUUGUAA